UCUCUCUCUCUUUGUGUGCUCGAUCUCCGAGGAUCCAUGGCAGAUCAGCUCACCGACGACCAGAUCUCCGAGUUCAAGGAGGCCUUCAGCUUGUUCGACAAGGACGGCGAUGGAAAAAUGGUGAACAACUGAACUAGAUGUUGAUUGACUCCACCUCCUCAUGCAUUUAGUAAUAAGCAAUGGCACGCUCUUUCCUCUUUCUUCGAAGGCUGCAAAGGCCGCCUUCUUUAUCUCUUCAUAAUUUGUUGUUUUCUAGGGCAUUUGCUGCCCCUCUCCCUCCGUCGUCAAGGUAUUCUCUUGUUCCAUGUAACAAAAUUUCACACUCAUUUCACCCAUCUGGGAAUUUAUGGAAUAUAAGGAAUGUUAGCUAUGGAUCAGUGAACCUCGUCCUUAAUGACGGGAUGCCAAAAUUCGAGACCCAUGAGAUAGAGCCUUCGAAAAAGAGGAAAUGGCUCACGAAGAAGCGACUUAAGCUCAAAAGGAAACGGGAGAAGAGGAAAAGGAAGGACGCAAACAAAAAAGAUCCACGACGAAUACGGCCGAAAGGGUUGAAGAAAAAGCAAAAAUUUCCCACUGCCGAGGCUCGGAUCAAGUAUAAGAUUGAGAAGGCCAAACUAAAGGAAGCUAUGCUUGUCGAAAAGCUAAAGAAAUAUGAAGUCCCGGAAGUUCAAGGCCCGAUGGUUAAACCUGAAGAACUGACGGGUGAGGAACGAUUUUACGUAAAGAAGAUGGCUCAGAGAAAAUCUAACUAUGUUCCCAUUGGACGGCGAGGCAUAUUUGGAGGAGUAAUACUCAACAUGCACUUGCAUUGGAAAAAGCAUGAAACUGUUAAGGUUAUCUGCAAGCCUUGUAAACCAGGCCAAGUUCAUGAAUAUGCUAGAGAAUUAGAAAGGCUUAGUGGUGGGGUAGCUAUUCAGGUUAUUGGGAAUGACACGAUUGUUUUCUAUCGUGGAAAGAACUAUGUUCAGCCUGAGGUUAUGUCACCGAUUGAUACACUAUCGAAGAAAAAGGCACUUGAGAAAUCAAAAUAUGAGCAGUCGCUUGAGACAGUUAGGCGGUUCAUCGCGAUAUCUGAGAAGGAACUCGAGCUUUACUACCGACAUGUGGCACUUUACGGCGACCCACAGACAAGGAACGCUGAUUUAGUUUAUGGUGAUGAUCAGAAAAACCCCUUUAGCAUGGGAACAGAGGAAUUAAUUUUUUCCAAGGAAGAAAGAGUUUGUUCUUCUGAUCAUUGUGAUGUAUCAGAAGAUUUUUCUGGCAUGGAAGUUGACUCAGAUUAUGAAUUUGAUUCCAACGAAAGGGAGUUCACUGAAGAUGAAACUGAUUCUGAUGUGGAAGAAGAAUCUAAUUGUCAGGUGGAUUUAGAGGAUGGAGAAGAGGAAUUUGAAGUGCCAAAAUAUCCAGCCUGAUGAUAUUCUGAUUUAUCAAGUCAAAAGAGUGGACUUUCAAGCUAUAUUUUCUGCAUGCCAAG